AUGACUGGACAGGUGCUCGGAAUGUGGGUCAAUACGGGCAUGAGAGAUGAACCAACUCAACCAGAAAACCAAGUCGCCAUUCCACCCACUGUGGGGGAGCACACCGUAUUUAAGGAUGCGAAUUGCAGCCUAUUCCUGUAUCUAACACCUCUUUGCCUUCUGUUUCUGCUGGCCAGACACAUCUUGAUACUCCAAAAUCGUUCGAACAUUGCUUCACGCCGCGACGCUUCCUAUAUCAUGAUAUUUUUCAAAACUCAAACCAUCGUCAUCGUCGCUCAAGUUGUUGGUUUCCUUCUUGUUUCGACCUCGGCUUUGCCACACGUUGCUCGUGCUAUUGACGGGCAAGAUUGGAUUCUUGAGAGCUACACUGAGCUCGUCCCAAGCAGACACAAUGAGGUGCAAGAUGCUUUCAAGAAUAAGUUAGAGGGCAUCCGUCUCGGCUCUUUCAUAGCGGCAUCAGAGAGAGGACUCAACAGCGAAGGCGUCUACGAUGUGCGAGGAAAGAUCGCGGGUAAGGACGCUGUUGUCCAAGUUAUGAAGAAUACCGGCACCGAAGCUUUGGGAGAAGUCCUUGCACUGAAAGACCGAGGCGAGCUGCUCUAUUCUGGAUACAUAGUGAUCAGUGGGAGAUAUGAGCCUGUCAUCGUCAUGGUGAAGGUACCUGGAAAGGUGUUGAGCGACACGCGUGAAUACCAGAGAGCAUCGGACGAAGGAAGGGAGAAGUUGAAGAAACAAGCAAUCAAGUUGAUGUGCAAGGCUGUAGCGGAUAUCGCUGUACAAUCGCAUCUCUUGCACUACGAAAACAAUAUCGAUAAUACACUUGUCACUGUAUCUCAUGGCAAAGUUAUUUCAGCAAAAGUUUGUGAUUAUGGCGCCUCUGUGACUUUCAAGGUGUCGGGUUCUGUGACUAGGAAGGAAGUUUACGAUUGGUGCAAGGCCCGUUGGACCCCUGAUACUUGGAUUGUUGUGUCUGAUGAGAUGCCUUUCUGAUGUUUCGAGCAAGUAUCUAGGCUGGUCCGUCGUCUGAAUAGUGAUUGAAGGGCAAUCGUUGAAGCUUGAACGCCGGGAGAUACGACGCGCUAGUAUCAUCUCGACGUGAGAUAAAUUGUUCAUAUAUUCAAGAGUGAGGCUCUCUAGUCCUUGGAUAGUUUUCAAUUUUGUCAGUGCUGGCUGUUGUCGCU